CACAAUAAAACAUUCCGCUGUCAGCCAAUUCACGGCUGUGCUGAAGUAGUUUGCUGGCACACGGGAGCCAUUACAGAUACACGCAAAAAAAGAAAAAUAAUAUUUACUUUUAAACGCGCAACUUGUGUUGCUAGAGAUCGAGAACCUGCCCGAGUAAAUAGCGAAAUUGACCUGGAGUCGUUAGAGGCUGUGCAGGGUGAAGUCGGGGGAGACGGACAGGAAAAAAACAAAGAUGGCUGUGUAGCCAGAGAGACGAGUCCCAGCCAGCAGAGCUGUCUCUCUUAGCCGCGGCGUUUUAACCCGACGACAGGUCCCGUGGGUCCCGUGGACAGUCAGCCGGUACCGGAGCAGGGACGUUAGACGAGCAGCCGAGCUGGGCCGCCGGUGCGCAUCGUUGUUAAUCUGCUGUCAAUGCGAAUAACGGCGUCGAGAGUACAACAACAACAGCUGAGAGACGCCUGAGUUGUUUUUGUUCUGCCUGGGCAAAGCGAGAGAGAAGGACUGCUGUGUUUUUGUCAACGCAGCUAGCCGCAUAGUCUGCUAGCCUCACUGCUCAGCCUGGUCGCGGCAGGUACAUCUCAGACAUUUCUAGACAGUCAUCCAUCGCCAUGUCUUCACUGGAAGAGAGAGACGUGGGCGUUGCGGCCGCCCCUGGCUCCUCCUCGGCCGGCCUGGGGGUCGGGGCCGUGGGGGCAGCGGUGGAGGCUGUCGCCGGGGUCGCAGCCAUGCAGGAGGAGGUCGGGAUACGACGAGAUGGGCCCGAGCCUGACCAAGACGAGCCACCCAAGAAGAGGGUGAAAGUUCCCGAGGGAGAGUCAGGCAAGCUGGAGGAGAGACUGUACUCAGUGCUGUGCUGCACCGUGUGCCUAGACUUGCCCAAGGCGUCUGUAUAUCAGUGUACCAAUGGACACCUGAUGUGUGCGGGCUGUUUUAUCCACCUCCUGGCUGACUCUCGUCUCAAGGAGGAGCAGGCUACGUGUCCCAACUGCAGGUGUGAGAUCAGCAAGAACCUGUGCUGCAGGAACCUCGCUGUGGAGAAGGCUGUCAGUGAGCUGCCGACAGAAUGUACCUUCUGCCUAAAACAGUUCCCCCGCUCCAGCUUAGAGAGACACCAGAAAGAGGAGUGCCAAGACAGGGUGACACAGUGUAAGUACAAGAGGAUUGGCUGCCCUUGGCAAGGUCCGUUUCAUGAGCUGCCAGCGCACGAGAGCGAGUGCUCCCAUCCCACCAAGACUGGUACAGAGCUGAUGGGAAUACUGGGAGAGAUGGACCAGAGCCACCGCAGAGACAUGCAGCUCUAUAACAGCAUCUUUAGCCUGCUCUGCUAUGAAAAGAUCGGCUUCACAGAGGUGCAGUUCAGGCCGUACCGCACUGAUGACUUCAUCACUCGUCUGUACUAUGAAACACCGCGCUUCACUGUUCUCAACCAGACGUGGGUGCUGAAGGCCCGUGUUAACGACUCUGAGCGCAAUCCCAACCUGUCCUGCAAGCGCACCCUCUCCUUCCAGCUCAUCCUCAAAAGCAAGGUGAACUCUGCCCUCGAGUGCUCCUUCCUGCUGCUGAAGGGGCCGUACGACGAUGUGCGGAUCAAGCCGGUCAUCCACCACCACUCCUUUAGCAACGACGCCAACGAGACCGACUACGUCCCUCUGCCCAUCUCCGAUUCGGUGGAGUGCAACAAACUGCUGGCCGCCAAAAACAUCAACCUGCGCCUGUUCAUCUUCCAAGUCCAAAAAUAAAAGAGUAGGGGAAGAAGAAGAAGAAGAGGAGGAGGAGGAGGAGGAGGAGCUAGAUGAUGGAAGAUGAUGAAGAUGCAAAAGAAGAAGAAGAAGAAGAAGUGGAGGAGGAGGGAUGAUGAAGGGUGAGGGGCAGAGAGAGAGGAGUGAUGAAGAUUAAAGAGAGACACCACUGAACCACUGAUACCUCUUAACAUCCACACACACACACACACACACACAAAUACACACAUACACACAUUCACGCAGGGUAUACACGCCUCCACACACACACACAUCUAUAUACAUAUAUACACGCACACACCACUAAUUACACUUACCUCCUUUUACAAGAUAGUGAGACCCCUUGCUCGGGGAGUUGUGAGUUGCUAUGGAGAUGGGUGGGCAUUGUAAUGGGAUGGAGGGGUGGAGUAAAAACCUGCGACAGCAGGGGUUGCUGAGGGGUAAGGGGUUGAGGAAGGGGUAAAGGGGUUCUGGGACGGUUGGUGUGUACCUGAGGAGGCUCUCUGAGGUCAGUCUGACCUUUCACCCCUGACACCCAUAGCCAAAGGUAGCACACACCGACCAAAGCAGGAUUUGCUGGGUGCGUUUGUUUGUGUCUUUGUGUGUGUGUGUGUGUGCGGGCGUGCGUGCGUGCUUGCUUGCGUGCGUGCGCAUUCUUGUGUAUGUGUGUGUGUGUGUGUGUGUGUGUGUGCGAGACAGAGAGUUAUGUGACGGACCCUGGAGCGUCGCCCAGACUCUGCUUUUAUGUUGAAAGUCCCAAAGACGUGAUAAUGUGAAAAUAGAGUGAUUGACUCUACUGAGCUGUUCUUUGGACACAGUGUGUGUGAGUGUGUGAGAGAGAGAGAGAGUGUGUGUUUGUCUUUUCCCUUCCCUUUUACACAUUCUAUGCUCGUCGACGACUUCUUUCUGUUUUUGGCUCAAGUGUUUGCAUCUCAAACUUUUGUCAGAGCAGACGAAAGACGGCGCCUGCCCCACCACCUCCCUCCCAAUGACCCCCUUUUACCUUUCAACACGAGGAGAGAUGGCCUGGCUGCAUGCAUAUUUUAGUUCUUCGACUUUAUUCCUCCAGCUGUGGUUAUAUUUAACCUUCAACACUAAUACCAUUUUUAUUUCUCUUAACCCUAAAUAUUUAAGUACCUGUGAACUUUUUUCUUUUUAGUUGGAUUUUAGCGUGUGAAUGGCUGCCUAUGUUUGUUCGUGUGUGUGUGUGUGUGUGUGUAAACAGAUCAUAACUGUGAGAUUCUUGUGAACAUGUCCUUAUGUGAAAAACAGUACAAUCCCAGAGGACAUGACCUUCAGGGGCCCCAGGUUCACUGUGUGUCAGUUACUUUUUGCUAAUUUGAUAUUCGCACAUUUGAUCCCAUAAAUCUAAAUUAACAACCGAGCCCUGAAUUAUUACUAACACCUUUUAUUAUUUUAGUAUCAAGCAGUAUCAUGCUUAUACACGUGUGUGUGUGUGUGUGUUUUUUAGAGUGCUUUGUUCUGGUCAAAAAUAUAAAUUAAAGGUAUAAGUUUGAUUCAUUUCAGCCGAUAAGUUCCAUGAAAUUGCAGUACAGAAGUGCCAAACUGGGUUUGUGAUUUAUAAACUGUUAGUUUGUGCACCGGAGAGCACACACAAGUUGAUUUCUCAAAUGUAAAAAUGUCGUGCUCGGAAGAGAGCCGUACCAAUAUUAAUAAUAGUAAAAUACAAUCAGCAAGUACCAUCAUCAGUAUUGGCCUCAGAAGUCCAGCACAGGUUAGACACAUAUUUUCCUUUCAUUAAGGGAGAAAGGUGCUUAAUUAAAUCAAAUCAAAUUAAAUGCUUCUGGAAACAUCACAAAAAAAGAAGCUUUUGAUCCGGUGUUAUAACUGGUAACUGGUAUAUUUUUCAUCAAAUUACCACAAACUACAUGACAUACAGCAAACCUGGACCAGGUAAUAUUCCAGUUUAACAGUACUGGUUUGUAUUUUUUGGGUCAAAAUAUAAGGAAGCUGCCGUCUAUAGUGCGAGCUGUGUGCUGUACUUGAUGGGUGAACUUGGAGGCAGAGGGGCCCCCAACAGCUGAUUAUUGUUAUGGACCCCAAGAGGACAACAACAACAAGAAGAAGGAGAAGGUAACCUCAGACUGUGAGAGUUUGAGGGCGGUGUGGACUUCUUCAACAGACUUUUCUGGAAGAUCAGACUUUGGGGUGGUUGUGAUGUAUGGUGUGUGUGUGUGUGUGUGUGUGACAGGGGUGGUGAUUGGGGGCCGGGGUUUACCUUACUACGGUGACAUAUUAGUGUUAGACUUACUUGAACGACAACGAGAAGAUGUUACUUAAGUAGAUUCUACUGUAAAGCAGAUAGAUCUCUCUCUCCUCCUGACCUCUACUUCCUGUAUUUCUGUGUUUUAAUGCUUCGUCUCUAUGCCAGUGGACUCACUCAUCUCACUAUGGCUGUACAUGUGCCUUUUAUUAAAGAUCAUGGAACCUGCA